AUGGCCAAGCUCCACAGCGCACCACCCUUCCGGGCCGAGCACAUGGGCUCGCUGUUGCGUCCUACUAAGCUGCUUGAGGUUCGCGAGAAGAUCCGUGAGGGUGGGAUCUCUGAAGAGGCUGCUGGUCUGCCCGCUGUCGAGAAGGAGGCAGUUCAGGAUGUUGUCCAGUUGCAGCGAGACCUUGGUAUCAAGGCUAUCUCCUCUGGCGAGUUCAACCGCACCCGUUUCUGGGGUUUGACGUGGGAUGAAUUCCAGGGUACCAUCCGUCUGCAGGACGCCGACGCCUCCAUGUUCCGACUCUACCACCCCGAUGUCGUCAGUCUGAUUGAGAAGGACCGCAAGGUCAUGCCAGGUGACUCGGUCAUUGCCGGCUCCAAGCUUUCCUGGAGUGCCGAAAAGUCCGUGUCGAACCUGCACGAGCUGAAGCUGGUCCAACAGGCCUUACCAGAGAGUGAGUGGGCCAACAUCAAGCUCACCAUGAUUACUCCCGCCUGGUUUCACAUGCGGUACAAGCAAGGUAAAGCCUACACUCCUGAGGCCUAUGCCAACGACGAGGAGUACUUCCAGGGCGUUGCCCAGGUGUACCAGGCCGAGCUGGACGCUCUGUACAAGGCCGGUUUGCGCAACGUCCAGUUUGACGACCCCGGCAUGGCAUACUUCUGCUCCAAGGCCUUCCGCCAGGGCUGGGAGGAGGACAAGGACAACAUCGGCACUGUCGAUGACCUGUUCGAUGCCUAUGUCAAGCUGUACAAUGACUGCGUGGCCAAGAUCCCUGCCGACAUGCACACCGGGAUUCACCUGUGCCGCGGCAACUUCAUCGGCGGCCGCCAUUUCGCCGAAGGCUCGUAUGACAUCAUUGCGAAGAAGCUAUUCCAGAACCUCAACGUGAACACUUUCUACCUCGAGUAUGACACCGAGCGCGCCGGUGGCUUCGAGCCCCUCAAGUUCCUCCCCAAAAACAAGAACGUCGUGGUUGGCGUCAUCAGCACCAAGCUGCGCGAGCUGGAGGACAAGGAGGCGAUGAAGGAGCGGAUCUACAAUGCUGCCGACUUUGUUGCUUCCGGUAGUGGUGAGAGCCGUCAGGAGGCGCUCAAGCGCAUCUGCGUUAGCCCUCAGUGUGGCUUCAGCACCCACGAGAGUGGAUACCCUCUGAGCCUGGACGAUGAGAAGAAGAAGCUGGGUCUGGUUCGGCAGAUCGCCGAUGAGAUCUGGGGAGAAGCAUAG